UUUGCUCUCCAUAAGUUAGUUUAUCUUGUGUGCCUCGAAGCGCGGCAAGGGCCAACGACCAAAUGGUUCUGGGGCGCUUGUUCGCGCGCUCUGAGAGCGCCGCGCCAGCCCUCGCCGACUAUAAUAAUGAGGGGAAUGGCUCCACUAUCGAUACCUCCGUGGUGGCGGUCGAGGUCGAGGCGAGUGGCUCGCCUAGCAGUGCUACUGUCCGUGGCGACAGCACUUUGAACGAGCCGCUGCUUGAGGGCUUCAAGGACCGCGGUGAACUCCCCUCACUGCCAGAGUCGAACGCGUCCCUUUCAUUCCCCGAGGAGUCAGCGCCAUGGUGGAGAAAAUUCUUCGCUUUCAUGGGUCUGGGCUUCCUCAUCAGCGUCGGCUACAUGGAUCCUGGAAACUGGGCCACUGACCUGGCGGCUGGGUCGUCAUUUGGCUACACGCUGCUGUUCGUGGUCCUGUGCUCCUCGCUGUGCGCCAUGUUCCUUCAGUACCUGUCGCUCAAGCUCGGUAUUGCUUCAGACCGCGAUCUGGCUCAGGCCUGCCGCGACGCCUACCACCCCCAUGUCAACAAGCUUCUGUGGGUGGUGGCCGAGGCCGCCAUCGCAGCCACCGACCUGGCGGAGGUGGUGGGCUGUGCCAUCGCAUUCAACCUGCUACUGGGCAUCCCGCUGUGGGCAGGUGUGCUGAUCACGGCGGCUGACGUGAUCAUCCUGCUGGUGGCUGAGGCGCGCAGCUUCCGCUUCCUGGAGAUCCUGGUGGGGGCGCUGACCGCCCUGAUCUCGGCGUGCUUCAUCUACGAGCUGGUGAAGGCGCAGCCCGACAUGGGCAAGGUGAUGCGCGGCUACCUGCCGUCCAAGGAAAUCAUCACCAACAAGGACAUGCUGUACCUGGCCACAGGUAUCCUCGGUGCCACGGUCAUGCCGCACAACCUUUACCUGCACUCGUCCGUCAUCCAGACCCGCGCCUACCCCAGGACCACGGCCGGUCGCACCAUAGCCAUCAAGUUGGGCCUGGUGGACUCGACCCUGUCGCUGCUCGUCGCCUUUGUCAUCAACUCGUCCAUCCUCAUCGUGGCUGCCGCCGCCUUCCACUACGCCACACCGCCGCUGGAGGACAUUGCUGACAUCACUGACGCCUACGAGCUGCUUGCCUCGAGCCUAGGCUCCAAGGCCGCCUCCAUCCUGUUUGGUGUGGCGCUGCUUGCGGCGGGCCAGAACUCCACCAUCACCGGCACGCUGUCGGGCCAGAUUGUGAUGGAGGGUUUCCUCAGCUUCAAGAUGAGGCCCUGGCUGCGCCGCAUUAUCACCCGUGGCGCCGCCAUCGUGCCCGCCGCCACCGUGGCCGCCGUGAUGGGUCGCGAGGGGGUGUCGCAGCUGUUGGUGCUGUCGCAGGUGAUUUUGUCGCUGACGCUGCCGUUCGCGGUGUUCCCACUGGUGCACUUCACCAGCAGCCGCAAGUACCUCGGCAACUUCGCCAACCGCUGGUACGCCUCCGUCAUCGCGUGGCUCCUUUUCCUGUUCAUCUCGGCCCUCAACGUCAACCUGGUGGUUCAGUCUGCGAUCAGCGGAAGCUUUGGCGGGCUUGGCCACCGGCGCGCGGCGGUGUGAUGGGGCCUUGCGGGCGCCAGGGUUGUUCUCCGCGCAUGCGCAAAGCGGAAGCGCGCGCGGCCCCAUGCAGGGGCAGCGGGUAAUCCAGGGCUUUUUGCUCGCCAGCCGGCGAGUUGUGUUAGCUUGGCGCCUCUUGGCGCUGGGCGCACUUGCACUCUGGUGGUUCCGCUUGGAUAGGUGGACGUCGUGUCGUUGCCGUGGUGCGCAGGAUCGAUUGUCGGGCAGGCGUCGAGUGGCGCUGCUGAUCGCCAACUUCUCGCGAGGUUGGGCAAUUGUGACCUACUGUUUUGAAUGUAGUGAGCAUGCAUGCAAUGUAAGCUUGUGCGAAC